GGAAAGCUUGCCCUUCUCAAACAGGUGAAAUUACCCUACCAGUUUUCAACUGCAUUCCACAAUACAGAAAGUUAGCAGCAGGGGUGAUUCCCAGGACGGACACUGCAGUGAAAGUUCAUGAAACGCCUGAGAGAGAGAGUUUUCUCGUCUCUUUUAGAGAGAGCCUAUUAGGCUUGUUCGUGUUGCCUAGACAGAGAAUAUUUGUGAGGCUUAUUCGUGUUACUUAGAGGGAGAGAGAAACUAUGGAGGGAGAAGAAGGGAAGCAGCAGCCUCACCUUGUCCUAGCGCACAAGCUAUUUCUCUUGCGCCGUCAAGAUGUGCCCGAUAUCGAGAAAGUUAGUCUCAAAGAAGAGGUCCUUGCUUCUCUUGUAGCAGAUGAUAUGGCGCUGCUCUAUGAGUCCGUCUCUGUUGAAUUGGGUUGGGAGAUUGAUCAUGGGAUAUUGGCCACCAUGAGAUCUAAGAUUGAUGAUGAACUCAAGAAACUUGAUGAAAGAAUUGCUGAUGCCGAAGAGAAUCUGGGUGAAAGUGAAGUGCGAGAAGCUCAUCUAGCUAAGUCCCUCUGUUACAUUCGCAUCAGUGACAAAGAGAGGGCACUUGAGCAACUCAAAGUGACAGAAGGGAAAACAGUUGCUGUUGGUCAAAAGAUGGAUCUAGUCUUCUACACUUUACAGCUGGGAUUCUUUUAUAUGGAUUUUGACCUUAUUUCCAAAAGCAUUGAUAAGGCAAAGAACCUAUUUGAGGAGGGAGGUGACUGGGAGAGGAAAAAUCGGUUGAAGGUGUAUGAAGGUCUGUACUGCAUGUCUACGAGGAAUUUCAAGAAAGCAGCAAGCCUUUUCUUGGAUUCAAUCUCAACCUUCACAACAUAUGAACUUUUCCCUUAUGAUACUUUCAUUUUUUACACUGUCCUCACCAGCAUCAUAUCAUUGGAUAGAGUUUCUCUGAAGCAAAAGGUAGUGGAUGCACCAGAAAUCUUGGCAGUGAUUGGAAAAAUUCCUUACCUUUCUGAGUUUCUCAAUUCGCUUUACGGAUGCCAGUACAAAUCAUUCUUUUCUGCAUUUGCUGGUUUGACAGAGCGAAUAAAACUGGACCGAUAUCUGCAGCCACACUUCCGGUAUUACAUGAGGGAGGUGCGCACUGUGGUUUAUUCCCAAUUCUUGGAAUCAUACAAGAGUGUAACAAUGGAAGCUAUGGCCAAGGAAUUCGGAGUAACCGUGGACUUCAUUGAUGUGGAACUUUCACGGUUCAUAGCUGCUGGAAAACUCCACUGCAAGAUUGACAAAGUGGCCGGAGUUUUGGAAACAAAUAGGCCAGACGCAAAGAAUGCCCUUUAUCAGGCAACCAUCAAGCAAGGGGACUUCCUGCUCAACAGGAUUCAAAAGCUCUCUCGAGUGAUUGACCUUUAGGUUUCUAUGCUGUUUUGUUUCUUCUACUUGUUUAGAUGCUGGUUUUUGUUUUAUUUAUCAUGUGAUGGACGUGAGGGAAAAGUGUAAGGCUGAGGAGGCUGAGGAGCUUCUCGGGUUUUGAAAUCGUACUCGUAUUAUUGCUCAAGUUUGUAACUUAUGGGGUCAAUGACCGGUCAGAAGCCUCUAGUCUAUUUUCAAUCCUCUAAAGCAAGAAAGAAUCAAUGCAAAGGAAAGAAUAGGUUAUUGUUUAAGGUUAACUUUCUCAAAAAGAAAGAAUAGGUUAUUGUUGUUCUUUCAACCCAUGCAUUAGUGUAGGUUUUGGAUUUUUAUCUCUACUGGAAUUUGAUUGGAAUGUAUUCUAGAGGAUAUUGUUAUUUGGGCAAAGAUUGAACCGUUGUUUACAGGAAUCUUUUUUAUUUUUUGUUUUUUA